GCCCGGCGUGACGUCACACGUCCGCCGCGACUGGCCUCAGGUGAGCGCGCGUGCGACGGCGGGCGGCGGCACGGUGGGGUGAGGAGCCAUUGUGCGCCACGAACGACUACCGGGUCGCUGCUGCUCCUGUAAGAACGGUGGCCGGUGGUGAUCUGGCCGGCCGUCUGACGUGAUGUCAGGAUGGGCGUCCAGACGAACAACAUCACCAUCUACCCGCCGGGCCACCCCGCCUACUCGCCGCCGGCCUGGGACGACUUCAGCGGCUUCUACAUCGGCCUGGGCAUCAGCCUGUCGCUGCUGCUGCUGCUCGCCUUCACAAACUUCGUCUGCUGCUGCUGCUGCCCCAGGUACAAGGAGUACAUUCGCGAUCCAAGGACCGGGAACCGCUGGGCAUUGCCGUUAUUUAUAAUGUCGCCGAAGCACGCCCAGCCGCUGGACUAUUGAGCUGAUCGCCGGGUGGUGUGGUCAGAGACUAGCACAGACGUUUAGAGAGGACCUCGAGUGAGGGAACUUGUAGAGGAGUGUCGGUGUAGUGUCAGGAGGAACGCUCGGUGCCGCAGUGGUAACCCAAACUUGGUAACAAGCUCAAAGUAGCGUAUUAGCAACGGACACAGAGGCCACCUCUGACGAGCCUCAGUCAUGGUGUUCCCCGCGUGGCCGCCGCUGGCCUGUCUAACCCUGUUCGUCGUCGUGGUCAUCAUCCUCAUCCUCAAGUUCGGCCACAAGUGUUUCGGCUCGCGCGUGACGACGCUGCCCCAGGAGUGGGAGCGGCGCCCGUCGCGCUACCAGUACCAGAUGGAGGUGCUGGACACGUCGCUGCAGCAGCCGACCCAGUCCAAGCAGCCGCUGGACGCCGGCGGCCUGGUGCCCGUCACGUACGGCUCGCGCGAGAUGCUGGGCCAGUAUGAUGACGAGCCGCGGCGCAUCAUCGACACCCGCUACCCGGCCGGCGACCUGGACAUUAUCGAGCCGACUCCGCAGUACGCCACCGGCUCGGUGGAGGCCGCCGUCUGAGGCGGGAGGAGUGGGCCGGCGAGUGUAACGCUCAUUGGUGAGCACAGAGUGAAGCUCGAAGUAGAGACCACACUUGUAAGCUGAGCCGACAUAGCCAACGUCCGCCGCAUUGAAAAUGAGAAUCUCCUUCGAUCUGUGUACCGUUUGAAGAUCUGACCACUUGAAACAAGAGACUGUGUACACCAUCAGUGGAACAGACUGUGGCCAGCUAUUACUCUGUAGCUUUGAACGAUGAAUCUUUGAUGCUAUACUGCCCGUCCCAGUGGCAUGGACGAAUGGUUCCAUGGUCCGAUCAGGAGUGUACAGGCUUCCAUUCCGAGAAUUUUGCUGAACGUUCCGUCCGCGAGUGGCACAUGAAACGCAUAGUUUAGUGUAGUUGAUAAGGAUGAGUGUAUUGCUGUAUUGACAAGCGGGAUAAAGUAAAAAUAGCUUUCAGCUCCGACAAAAAAGCGAUUGUUCUUAUGCGAGCGUUUACAGUAAACGCCUAUUGAACUACUAUUGGUAUUUUCAACUGCACUUUCGGGACCCGUAAGUGAUUCAUAACGCAAAUGUGAUAAUCAGCCGACAAAUAUUUUGAGCUCUUUAUCCCACUGUACCCGUGCUUUGUGACAAAGUCAGUGUUACGUGCAUUGCGUGCAUCCGUCCAUACACAACAUUCCAUUUUUAGAGGACGCCGAGCGACCAUCACCACCAGCUGUGUGCUGCUAGUGGUACGCUGCGUCAGCUUUUUGCGAGCGUGCGAAAUACAUGUUUGUAAAAUAUC